AUGAAAUUCACAUACAGCCUCAGUCUAGCUUUGUUCUCAGCAACAGCGAUUGCAACACCAGUCCAACACUCAUCACCUUCCCCAUCCCCUCUAUCUGCGACUAUCUUCACCCCACCAUCAACAUACAACAUCCCCCGAACCCUCUACGCCCGCACAGCUGAGCUUCCAAACGGCGACCUCCUCUCAACAUGGGAAAAUUACUCUCCCGAACCACCACUCGUUUACUUCCCAAUCUACCGUUCAAAAGAUUACGGUAAAACCUGGUCCGCCUAUUCAAACGUCACCGACCAGGUAAACGGCUUUGGGCUCCGCUACCAACCAUUCCUAUACUAUCUCCCCGAACGCAUAGGUUCCUUUCCAGCGGGAACGAUCUUGCUAGCGGGAAAUAGUAUUCCAGAGGACCUCUCAUCGACACAGAUUGAUCUAUAUGCUUCCUUUGAUCAGGGAUUGAAAUGGGAGUUUGUGAGUCACAUUGCUGCUGGUGGGGAGGCGGUGCCGGAUAAUGGAUUGACGCCUGUUUGGGAGCCCUUCCUGAUGGCUUAUAAUGGGAAAUUGAUCUGUUAUUAUUCUGAUCAACGGGCCAAUACGACAAAUGGCCAGAAAUUGGUUCAUCAGGUCUCGCAUGAUCUUCGAAGCUGGGGUCCCGUUGUAGAUGAUGUUGUCUACCCUACAUACACUGAUCGACCGGGAAUGACAACCGUCACGAAGUUACCCAAUGGGAAAUAUAUUCUUAUGCACGAAUACGGCUCUUUCUUCAACACGUCCGAUUACUCGUUCCCAGUCUACUACCGCCUUGCAGAGAAUCCGGAAGAUUUCAACUCCGCAGAAGGAAUUCAACUCAUUGCCUCGGGUGGUACGGAGCCGCUCUCUGCACCGUAUGUGACAUGGACACCAUAUGGUGGUAAGCAUGGAACCAUUGUUGCAAGCGCAGAAUCAUCGAGUAGUCUAUUCAUCAAUCAGGCUCUUGGAGAGGGCGAAUGGACGGAGAUUGAGUGUGCUGAAAGCGCGAGCUAUUCACGCUCGGUGAGGGUGCUUGAGCAGGGUACUGGUAACUGGUUGCUUGUGUCCGGGGGUGGAGUACUUGGAGGCGACGACAAUAGUGUCACUGUCACUGUGAUGAAUUUGAAGAGCUCAUUGUAA